AUGGCCGCCGUGAUUGCAAAGUUCGUUGUGCCGGUGAUCGUGAUGAUCAUGGUGUUCUCGGCGGUUCUCGGCGCCGCGCGGCCGCUGGUGGGAGAGGAGUGGGGCGCCGGAGAAGCCACCUCCGGCGAGUCCGUCGUCGGGUUCAUCCGGCACGUGUAUCUGCAGCAACUGCAAGGGCCAGGCCACUCGUGCUCAACCUGGGACCCAAACGGCGGGUGCUGA